CUUAAAAAAUGUCAGGAAGAGGUAAGACCGGAGGUAAGACCAGGGCGAAGGCCAAGACCCGCUCCUCCCGUGCCGGGCUACAGUUCCCCGUCGGCCGUGUGCACAGGCAUCUGAGGAAGGGUAACUACGCCCAGCGUGUCGGUGCCGGAGCCCCGGUGUACCUGGCCGCUGUGCUGGAGUACCUGACCGCUGAGAUCCUGGAGCUGGCUGGAAACGCCGCCAGGGACAACAAGAAGACCAGGAUCAUCCCCCGCCACCUGCAGCUCGCCGUCCGCAACGACGAGGAGCUCAACAAGCUGCUGGGAGGAGUGACCAUCGCUCAGGGAGGCGUGCUGCCCAACAUCCAGGCUGUGCUGCUGCCCAAGAAGACCGAGAAGGCCCCCAAGAAGUGAGCACCCUCAACCCGCUUCAUCAAACACCCAAAGGCUCUUUUAAGAGCCACCCACCUCCCUCUAAAAGAGAACUCUCCUUUCUACUGUCCUCACUUUAGGUUUAUCACCACAUUAUUAAUGAGGAAGUGUUGUUCCUACAGCUGUCGCUCUCUGAUCACAGCGUUAGUCCUCAACGUUUGUUGGCACCAUGUCCAUAUUGUGUUCACUCUGAAAUAUCUGCAUUUACUUGAAAAUGCUGCAACAUAUCGGCUCCAGGUGAUGCACUGCCUAACAAGGUAUACAUUCUAGCGUGAACACAAUAUGUAGAUGGUGCCAACAAACGUUGUGGAUUGUAACGCUUCCAGCUGUUCACCACCAGGGGUCAGUGUUCAGCAACAGAGGCGAUGCAUGUUCAAUAUGUUCUGAUCAGAACGGUUAUAAGACUAAGAACAUGAAACCGGAGGUUUUAAGAGUAAAACAGUGCAGGUUAUGAUAGAACUGUAGUGCAGAUGAAGUCAGAAACAUUUAUAAAACCAAAUGAUGCUGAAGUGAAUAUACCAUAACAAUGUAAGGUUACACAUUUAAUACUAUUUGAUCUAAUAAACACUCAAUACUA